AUGUCUCUCCUCGGAAAGAAGUUCCCCACCCCCGUUGCCGGUCCCCUCGGCCCCUUCUUCGCUGCCGGUCUCGUCGUCCUCUAUGGCGUCAACUCCCUUCAGAACGCCCUGAUGAACACCGCCGAGUUCAAGAACGACCCCCGCAACCCCAACGCCAAGGCCACCAAGCACUAG